AUGUGUGUUACUCACUACGACAGACGGGCUUCAACAUUUGUGGUUGAGGAGUUAGAGCCUUUCGAGGGUUGGUCGCAAGGCUCGUUCCGUUUACAGUUGACGGGGAGUAUGUAUGAUUGUGGUCUUUUUCAGUCACUCUAUUUCCCAUGUCAUCAUGUGGUUGUCGCUUUUGCCGCUGCUAGUGUCAAAUGGAGUCCGUACGUGCAUUCAGUGUACUUGCAGUCCACUGUGUUCAUGGUGUAUGAGACGGAGUUCCCACUGAUACCAAACGAGAAGCUUUGGCUGGAGUGGUUCGGGACACAGUUGCGUCCUAAUCUAGCCAUGCGUAGGAAGGCCACUGGAGAAAACCUAUUUUAA